CCCGACCAGCACAAGCGAUCACUGGGAAAAGUCCCCCAAAAAUGUGGUGAAAAUGCCAAAUGAUGUUAUGAAGGCCCAUCCAUCUAAUAGUGCAACAGUAACACAGAUGGACAGCAUCCAACAUUUAUCCAGCCCUUCCCAUCGUUCCAAUGUGGAGGGUGCUGGAGAAAAUGGACACCAUGUGGAAGUAGUUAAGGAGAAGCCCCCCCAAGGUAGUGGAUGGCUCCUUUCUGGCAUAAUCUGCAUCAACAUCCUGAUGCUGGGCUGUGCUCUGGUCAGCAGCAGUGCCUUCAACAUUACGACCAUUACAGCAGUCCACCGGCAAAUCUUCCUCAUCACCCUCCUCCUCCUCACUAUGUCGUGGAUGCUGUUUUACAUGGUCGUCACCUCCCGGAAGGAACGAGCAGUCUUAUUUAAAGAUUGCCAUGCUGGGCCUGUAUGGCUCAAGGCUGGGCUCGUGCUGUUUGGCCUGCUUAGUUUCCUCAUGGACAUCUUCAAGAUUGCCACUUAUGUGGGCUACCUUCACUGUGAUUCUCCUGUUAAAGUAGCCUUCCCUGUUCUGCAAGCUGUGUUUUUGUUUUUCCAGACCUACUUCCUGUGGAUUCAUUCAAGGGACUGUGUGCAGCUACACACCAACAUAACACGGUGUGGGCUUACGCUUACAUUUUCAACUAACCUUGUGCUUUGGAUGGCAGCAGUGACUGAAGAGUCGAUACACCAAACUGAGAUAACCCAUCUAAAUAUAAGUGUCUCGCACAAGUUGUACAGAGCCAACUAUGGUGCCAAGAAGUGUACAUGCAGUCACUCAGCAUGUGACACCUUCAAAGAGGCCUUCUACUACCUGUAUCCCUUCAACAUAGAAUACAGCCUCUUUGCGUCUGCCAUGGCCUACAUAAUGUGGAAAAACGUGGGCAGAAUUGUUGACCACAACAGGCGCUACAAAUUUAAAGUCUAUGUGAAAGAUGUUUUUGUGGGGCCUGUUGUAGGACUGCUCGUGGUGGCGGCAGGACUUGUAACAUUUACACUGUACAAGGUUAACAUACUGAAAGAAGACAGAGACAAAAGAAAUACGGCCCUGCUGAUUCACUUCAUUAUGAACAUAGUGAUAGUUAGUCUGAUGUCCCUCUCCACUGUGAUUGGCUGCAUUCUUUACAGGCUGGACCACAGAGAAUAUGUAUCAGAGAAAAACCCAUCUCGCAGCCUGGAUGUGGGACUACUGGUGGGAUCUUCAUUGGGGCAAUUCAUCAUUAGCUAUUUUAGUAUUGUGGCUACAGUGGCAACGGGAGCCAAGGGCUACCUAAAUGGCCUCAACCUGGCCUGGGCCGUGCUGAUGGUGCUCGAGAUUGGUCUGCAGAACUAUUUCAUUAUUGAAGGCCUCCAUCGGGAGCCCGUCCACACAAUGCAGGCAAAUGCCCGUGCAUUUCAAGAACACAAUGAAAUGACCAAUGUAGCAGACGGCCAUAAGCCCAGACACUCGACUCCUAAGAAGACAAGUUGGAAAAGAAGAGUUCUGAAGGAAGUGUGUGCCUUUUUACUCCUGGCAAAUAUAAUUCUAUGGAUUAUGCCUGCGUUUGGGGCUCGUCCGCAGUUUGACCACUCCGCUGAGAUAUACUUCUACAAAUACACAAUGUGGAACGCAAUUGUGAAUAUUGGACUUCCUUUUGGAAUCUUCUAUCGCAUGCAUGCUGUUGCCAGUCUCUUUGAAGUGUAUUUAAGAGGUUAG